CUUGACUGGGAACUGGUCAGUGCUGGACGCGACACUCUCUCAGGAAGCGCGUUCCGGCUUCUGUUCUCUUUCUUUCGUCGUGACAGACGCCUUCUCUUUCCGUUCUGGCCGCUGAGGACGAAAGAGCUUUAACGACCUACUAAUACGGACAUGGCGACGCCUUCAAAGUCGACUGGCAGCUCGAAAUCCCUCCAUGAUUAUCAACUGGGAGACUCGCUGGGCAAGGGUGCCUUUGGUCAAGUCUACCGUGCACUCAACUGGGCCACUGGAGAAACCGUUGCUGUCAAGGAGAUACAAUUGAGCAAUAUACCAAAGAGUGAGCUGGGAGAAAUCAUGUCCGAAAUCGACCUUUUGAAGAACCUCAACCAUGCGAAUAUCGUCAAGUACAAGGGUUUCGUAAAGACACGGGAGUAUCUGUACAUCAUUCUUGAGUUCUGCGAGAACGGUUCACUGCACAAUAUUUCCAAGCGAUUCGGAAAGUUUCCUGAGAACCUGGUAUCCGUGUACAUCUCCCAAGUACUGGAAGGCCUUGUCUAUCUUCAUGACCAGGGCGUCAUACACAGAGACAUAAAGGGCGCCAAUAUCCUCACGAACAAAGAUGGGACUGUGAAACUUGCGGACUUUGGAGUGGCGAGUACGACUGCCAACGGUGCCUUGGAUGAUGCCGUCGUGGGGAGUCCUUACUGGAUGGCGCCGGAGGUAAUUGAACAGUCUGGUGCAACAACAGCGUCGGAUAUAUGGUCUGUUGGCUGCCUCGUUAUCGAACUCUUGGAAGGGAACCCGCCCUAUUAUACGCUUGAGCCAAUGCCUGCAUUGUUUCGCAUCGUCCAGGAUGAUUGCCCUCCGAUACCAGAGGGCGCGUCUCCCAUUGUCAAAGACUUCCUAUAUCACUGCUUCCAGAAGGACUGCAACUUGCGAAUAUCGGCCAAGAAGCUUCUCAAGCAUCCGUGGAUGGUCUCAACGCGUAAACAAAUGUCAAACGGAGAGGCGGCGACGAGAGCGGCAGAUCGAAGACCGUUGAGCAACUACAACUAUGAUGAAGCAGUACUCAAGGUGCAAGAAUGGAACGAGGCUUUGAAAUCGCCCUCACGACCAUCCAAGCACCCUCACCGAGGACCACGAUCACGGCCACCUUCGCCCAGUCGCUCCCCUACCGACAAUUUAUUCAAGCCAUCUUUACCCACGUCUACGUCUGCUGGCUCGGGCCCGUCAACGUCAGCCCCAUCGGCAUGGAAACUGGGAUCUGCUCCCAAAACCAAUGGAAUAGGCUUAGUGGAAAAGAUUCAACCUUUGGCGUUUAUCCUGCAGCCACCAGAAGUACAGACUGACAACUGGGAUGAUGAUUUCUUGGAAGGGAUAUCUUUCACCAAGUUGCAGGCCCUGGAGCGGACCCCGCCUGACGAUGAUAAAACUGAGACGGAUGACAACGCGCAGACUAUCCGGCCAAAUCGAAGUCCUGGUACCAGUGCUAUACCCUUGGCAAAGGCGCCCUCACCGGAAAUGAAGCCCAUAGUGGAAGACUAUUCUGACCUGGCGGAUGAGAAUGAAUUGGAGAAUAAGGUCGCCAAUUUCAAGAUGAAGAACUCUGUCCGCAAAGGUCUCUUUCACCCAGACGACAUCAAGGCCUUUGCGUUAUCUAAUUCCGUCCCUGCGCCACCAAAGUCCGCGCCAGAGUUAGCAAGGAGGACCUCACGUCCUUCUCUCAGUCCCAUCAGGUUUCCAUCUGCUCCCCUUCCGGGACCGCCUUCUGGCACUAUGCGAAGCUCUCAUUCACGGUCGUCGUCAUUUGUUGGGACAAUUGGGAGCAGUGGGGGGUCGUUUGGUCGCGCGGAGGCAAAGCGGGCUCAGAGUACGCCAGAGUUUGAUAAGUAUGCGGAGGGGGAUGAUGAAGAUUAUGAAGAUGUCUUUGGGAAGCCAAAUGGAAACACGCUGGAGCAACCCAUGCAGGCAUUACAACUUAAUACAAGGCUAUCGAAUAAGUCAUGGUUAGGGGAUGAGAACUCAGAUGAAGAGGAUCCAUUCUCUGAGAUUGAUGAAGGUUUUGCGGAGGAUGACCUGGAAGCAAACCUGCAGAGAGACAAAUAUGCUCGACUGUGCACCCAAGUCAAUCAGCUUAUCGAUGAACUCACGCCUUCUGCGCCUGACUUCCAAUUGCGGGACGCAUGCGAUCAGCUGCUCGGAAUAAUGGCCGAUACUCCGGAGAUGCAAGUCCAGCUGGUGUCAUCACAUGGAAUGCUUGCUAUUUUGGAGGUUCUGGAGGGCAAGUGCUCAAGAGACGUUAACAUGAAGUUGUUGCAAAUUGUUAAUCUGCUUGUUACUGCGGAUUUGGGCUUCCUCGAGAGUUUCUGUUUAAUAGGUGGGAUACCAGUCAUGAUGGGUUUUACUUCCAAAAGGUACCCGUCUGAAUGCCGGUUGGAGGCCUCUAAUUUCAUCCGACUUCUUUGUCACACGUCCGUUCUGACCCUUCAGAUGUUCAUCUCGUGCCGAGGUCUAAAGGUGCUCGUCGACCUACUUGACGAAGACUAUGCGGAACAGACCGAACUGGUCGUCCACGCUCUUAAUGGAAUCGGAAGUGUGUUUGAGCUUCAGAGUCCCACAACGAAGAACGAUUUCUGUCGAAUGUUCAUUCGAGAAGGACUUCUCGACCCUCUUUCAUCGGCACUCCUCAACGUAAUGGCUAACCGAGGAACGCCGUCAACGGAUAUGAAGAUGAAGAUUAUACAAAUUUUAUUGGUAUUUUCACAGGUUUCGCAGUCGGACAUUCACGUUCGCAAUGCGUUGGGUACGAGGAAGGUCAUACGCCGACUUUUACGUGCAUGCGAGCUGUUGGAGCCAGAAUGUCUCGUGUUGAUGUUGAAAGCUGUGAAACAUCUCUCGAUGAACUCGACACUCCUGGACGUAUUACAGAAUGCCAACGCUAUUGAGAUCCUCGUUCGCAUUUUGGAUGAACAAUCGUCAGGUCCUCACAGUACAGAAAUGUCCAAUCAUAUCUUUCAGACAUGCUUUAACCUUUGCCGCCUCAACAAAUCGCGUCAAGAGGAAGCGGCACAAGCUGGAAUUAUCCCUUGCCUCAAACGAGUCAUAGAGACGAGUUCGCCGUUGAAGCAGUUUGCUUUGCCCAUUCUGUGUGAUCUGGCUAGCGCAGGGAAGAGUUGUCGGACAUACUUGUGGCAGCAAGAUGGUCCUAGGAUGUACUUGAAGCUACUCGAAGAUCCUUAUUUCCAGGUUAGCGCCUUGGAAUCUAUCUUGUCUUGGUUACAAGAUGAAACUGCACGAGUCGAAGACGAGCUCAUGAAACCGGACUCUAUAAGCUCCUUACUCCAAUGCUUUGUUUCGGCCAAGGCAAAUUCGUUCGAGAAUCUCCUUGAUCCCUUCUUGAAGAUGACACGUCUCUCUACGCCUAUCACCAUCGCCAUGACCAAGUCAUCAGCCUUCUUCAAGCGGAUCAUCGACCGGCUAGCACACAACACGAAAGCUGUCGUGCGGCUGAACCUCCUCCGUAUUUUGCGAACAGUCUGUGAGGUACACCCCAAUCGUGCGGUUCUCGUCGAAAGGUAUGGGCUCCUGGGUAUCGUGGAGAACCUGAGCCAAAGCGGCGGAGAUGGUGCGGUGCUCGUUCGAGAAUUGGCGAGGGAGAUCGUACCUGUUCUGAAGCCCGGGCUAAAGCCCGUGGCGAGAGGCACUGGGUCCGAGUCUCCGAGGACAGUCGCUCCGAAGAAGACGAGAAGGACGGCGUCUGAGACUUCGGCGACUGUGUAUGGGCAGGAGAGUACUGCGAGAUUUGGUGUGCCGCGUCCGAGUACGAAGAAGUCGACUCGAGAUCGGAUGAGGUUGAAUGAGAUCCCGUGGCAGACAGACAGCGGCUCUGGGAGUCAGCUUUGAUUUGUAUAACACUCCUUUUUCUCUCUCUCUCUAUCCCUCUGCUAUAUCGUCGCAUAGUUUUCGUUCUUUAUUUGGGUAUCUGCAUCGUAUAAGUACUUGACCUCUCAUUAGCAUUUUUACUGAACACUCUCAUUGCAUAUGGUAUAGAUAUCAUUAUCAGAUAGUCUAAUACUGUGGAAGAUGUAAGUUAUGGAUGAGACGGAAAAGAGUGGUGUGCUUACCAGCUAGCUUCCUUUUUUGCGUCCGAAGACGACAACUAGCAGAAAAAGGUUAAUUGCGAGCGCAAC